AUGGCGUCUAAAGUCCUAGUGCCAGCUGCCCCGUUCACGAAGCUCCAAGUGAAGAAGUCAGCUCCGGAGCCGACAGGCAGCGGGUUCAUCAUUGGAGGCGACCCGGUGGCCAGGGUCGCACACCUGGAGCACAGCGUCAGGUUCCUGCAGGAACAACAUCGGCAGAUGCUGAGUGGUUUACAUGCGGAGAUCGAAGCCUUGAGAGAGAGGAACAGAGAUCUGCAGUUCCAGUUGAUAUUCAACAAGGAGUCCUCACCGAAGGCCAGUUCACCACCAGCUGAGGAAAACACUGAAAACAAUGAGGCUAAGCUGAAGCGCGAGGUGUCACGCCUGGAGCAAGAAGCGUCCACUGCCCGCAGUGAGGCGAAGGCUGCCGAGGCCCGAGCGCUACAACUGCAGAUGCUCGUAGACGCGCAAACUGAAAAGCUGCGGUCUCUGGAGGUGAGCAGCGCGUGUUCGUGCGGCGGCGCGGAGGGCGCGUGUGCGCCGGAGAGUCGCGCGGAGCUGCGCGCGCGGCUGGGCGAGGCGGAGCGCCUGGUGCGCCGCCUGCGCGCCGACGCCGAGCGACAGCGCAGAGAGGUACAGGCGGCCGCCGGCCGGGACCCCGCCGGGGGCGCCGUCACUAACCUCUUGUUUGACGGCGUGGCCGCGCGUCACGCUCACUUACAGUGUAUGAAAAAUUCCCUGCACGCGAGUUUGCGCGCCAGUGGUUUGGACGCGUACGGAUAUCAGAACAACUACCACUUUCCACCAGUACAUACGCCUGACUUCUGGCGAGAGCCGCUUAGAGACGACUUCAACAUGGUGGGUUCGAGAGGGCGAAGCACCCGGCGGCCGCUCACACUGCCUGAACUAUCCGGACAACAGAUGCACCGCUCUACCAUUUAUGCAAACAAUCAUACACGUGAUCCGCGUCCGAGAGCCAAUGGAUAUGACAAGAAUAAAAAGCCGCCAGCGACCAAUGGAGAGGCCACCACCAGUACCAGUACCCCUAAGACUCCAGAAGAACCCUCAGACUGCCGAUUUAGAUCAAUGAACGCGAGCGAUUUAUCGAAAAACGAACAUAGUAACAUGAGCUCAAAAGCCAUGUAUCCAGAGUUGAAAAUGGUUGUGACAAAAUUAAUAUCACACAGUCAGGUGAGCGGCGCGAGCGCAGACGCGGGCCGCGGCCGCACGCGCAGGCACCACCACCGCAAGCACGCACCCGACCACACAUAG